GGCCAAAAAAGUAGCAUUACCUCAUCGCUGCCUUGCGAAGCAUAAGCAUGGGAAAACCAUGCCUAACUUUUCAGGCAGAAAAUCCCAGGCCGCAACGGGUUUUCCCGGGGCAGAGCUCUGCCUGUCCAAUUGAGCCAACCAACGUCUGCUGAUUCCCGACGCGGCAAUUUGGCAAAGCUCCCACCACCAAGCCCACCCACCCAGACUGCUGGUCGUCGCAAAGUUGCAAGUGUGAAUACCUUCAACCUCCACACAUCCAUCCAAAAUGACGGCCCCAUCGCUCGCCAGCUAUGUCACCAAGCGCCCCUGGCUCUCCAAGCUCCUGAAGCCCGUUGCCGGCUGGUACAGCAAUGCUGCCCUCUACCGUCAAAUGGGUCUCAAGGCCGAUGAUUUGAUCUCCGAAGAAAACGCCGACGUCCUCAAGGCCCUCGGCCGCCUCACCCCCAAGGAGUCCUACGACCGCAUCUACCGCAUCCGCCGCGCCACCCAGCUCUCCCUCCAGCAAAAGAUCCUACCCAAGAACGAGUGGACCAAGCCCGAGGAGGACGUCCAAUACCUUUCCCCCAUCCUCGAGGCCAUCGAGGCCGAGGCAAAGGAGAAGCAGGCUCUCGACACUCUUGUCCCCUCCAAGGCCGGCCACUAAGAGAAUUGCCCUGAACUUUUGCUUGUAGCCAAAAGAAGAGGAACCGGGAGUGGUGGAGAGGAGAAAAGGGGGGGAAACUGUACUAUGAUCAUGGACCCAGGUCUGGAACAGACCGGGGUCAAGGAGUAUGGGAGCG